UAAAAGUAGUGUAUUUUUUGAGAAAAAAGUUAUUUUUUAUUUUUUUUAAAAUUUUACGAAUGAAAAUAUUUACAAAUUUUAGAACUAAACAGUGCAAUUUCUUAUGAAUAUAUCCUAAUUUCAUAAUCCAGUAAGGUUUCCUAGAGACAGUUAAUUUACCUAUUUGAAAUAAUGAGUAAUCACUACAAUAAUGGGGGCAGGGCAAGUGAAACAGAACAAAUGGCUCAGCCCCAGUGCUUAAAAGUGUUUAUACCUAGAGAUUAUACAGAGGGAACGGUUGUCAGAUUUAGGAACAGUUUUCCUCCAGAACUGGAAGGACGUUUAGAAAAACAAGCCUUUGAAACUACCAUUAACCGACUGAAUGCAUAUUUUGAUGAAGCAGAAAAAGCAUCCUGUUCCUCCUACUGCGAAGGUUGUCUAGCAUGUUUAACAGCAUAUCUUAUUUAUAUUUGUAAGGAAACUCAUUAUGAAAAGUGUCUAAAAAAAGUUUCCAAAUUCAUAGCAGAACAAAAUGAACGUGUAUACGAACCCAGAGGCUUGAAGCUGACCGACCCUAGCUUACGAGGAUUGCGGGUAUUAGAAAUUAGCUGUUUAGAUAGGCCACCAAAUGCAUGACUUACAUUGUCACACUCUACACAGGAGUUUUUUAUGUAAAUGAUUUAAAUAAGCGCCAAAAAGUAGAAAAAGUCAUUCAAAAUGAUUACCCUGGUACCUAUUUAAACAUUGAAAUAUUCUAUUAUGAAAUAGUCUUGGCUGUGAAAGAACCUUGAGGCUAAAAUGAUAUCUAAAUAAGUAUAUAGGUAUCAGUCAAGUCAAUGAAGAGAAAAAUAAUCCUGGUAAUAAUGAAAUCUUUAUUUGGACAAGAAUGCUGUGAAUGAAGGACUUAAGUUAAGCUCCAUUUUAAUAUUUACAGUAAGUGAAUGUAUUACUUUGUAGAGGGUAGAAAUAACAAGCUUUUUGGAUUUUCUGAAUGGUUCAAUUCAAAUCAGUGUCUGAUUUCAGUUCUCAUCAGGGCUGCAAUGAAAAAAACAUUGUCUUGUUUUUGAAUAUUUGAGAAAGUUAAAUAUGAUGUCCAGAUUUGAGUAAAUCGUCUAAAUGUACUUAUAUGUAGUACCUACCUACCUAAUUACUUACUAUAGCCUCCAUCACUUCACUCCAUAUUUUUUUAUUUUCAAUAUGAGUGUAAGACGCUCUUUGAAAUAAUUUGUGAUAGAAAUUUCAUGACGCAAAAGAUUAAUAUGUAUAUAAAAUAAUUAAAUUAUUUGUAUUACAUUUUGAUAGGGUUAUACUAAAAAAUUACCCCUAAGUAAAUGUGCAGUAUAGAUAUGAGGUUUGUUCCAACAUGUCAAAAAAACUGUCCCAGAACGGUUUAGGAACCACUCUGUAUACGAAUUUCAGUUUCUACACAAAAAUCUUUGCUUUCCUAAAUGCCUAUUUAUUUUUUCAAGGCUACAAUAAGACCCUAUUUUAUAAAACAGAAUUAUUAUUGAAUAUUAAGUAUAUGGAAUAAACUUAAAAAAAGAAUAGAUAUAAAAUAUCUAAACGCUUGUGAUAAAUUAAUUUAGAAAUUAGUCAGAGUCGAACACAAGUGGUACCUAUCAUUGUUGCGCCAACAAGAUGGCAAUAAAUUAAUAAAUAUUCUAUUUUCAUUACAUUUGGCCUUCAAUAUUAUUUAUAUACCACAGAGUGGUCGAGCACUGAUUUGUGACAACUUUUAUUUCAAUUUUUUUCCAAAAACGCGGCGUUUUGGAGAUAUUAGACUGUCUCAAAUUGAAUAGACCACCCUGUUAUAUAGAAUUAUCGGUUUAUAUCGUUCUACGUCUUCCGAUUGCCAAUCUCAAUCAUCUCUCUCAAUCCAGACAUCCUGAUUCAUACACUUCAUAUCAUUUUAAAUAUUUUUAAUCCAUAUAGUACACAUAUAUUAUCCAAAUAACAAAAGAGGAACAAGAUGGAAACAGUGUUCCUUUUUUAGAUAGGUACUCAAAUAUGCAAUGUUCGCUACAAUACAGAAGAACUUUUUAUUGGCAGGAUUUUUUUUUUUUUUUUGAAAUUCCUUAUUUUUCUUCAUGAAUCUCUUAUCGAGGUACACACUCUAUCAACCACUGAUUUCUUCUACCUAGAGACAUAGUGACCAGCUAAUUACAAAACGACAGCAUGUUUUUCGCUAAGAGGCCCUGAGCCUAAUUUUCUAUUAUACCAAUUUAUUCUUUUUUACUUAAUGUUAAUAGUUCGCCCUUGAACUGAACCCAAUCCACAAAGAAAUUGAAAGGACCUAAUUCAGAGAUCACUUGAAAUAAGAGAAUAAUUGUUCUGUCCAGUUUAGUAAAUAUGAUAAGAAGUGAUGACUAAACUUUAUCAAGUCAUUUUGUUUAAUAAUGAAAGUUGUUAUUGUUGCUAAACUGAGGUUUCAGUGAACACAGAAUCCAUGACAAUUCAAUUUUCUUAUUAAAAAUUCCCAUCUAAACAAAAAUCUCAACUAAACAUUAAUACCACACAGAUCAAAUUACAUAGCUGAUUAUAAUCGAAUUUAUGCUUGACCCAAAGGGAAAAAAUUCAAUUUCUUAAUACUUAAUACCUCUCAUACCUUGAUUAUAAUCAGAAAUCAUCGAACAUUUUCGCAACAUAAAAAUACUUCUGUGGUACCUAUAUUCUUAUUCUAUUCCUUGUAAAAAAUGUGACUCAGGUUAUAUCCAAUGAACUUCAAGAGUUUUAAAGGAAAUAAUUUAUUCACACAAAGGCAAUAAUAAAGCCUCUUGUAAAUUAGCUUAGCAUGAUAUUGGUACUGGUGAUUUUCCCCAAAAGUUUCCAAAUUGAAUAAAGUACUUUUUUCCAAAACAGAAUAUUUGAUGAUUAUUACCUUCUCGUAGGUACAAUAACGAUACUUCUUGAUUUUGACAAACUCCCGAAUUAAUUUUUUACAAGCAUACAUUUUAUAUCCAUUUUUCAAGUUCAAUCUAUAUAAAUAUUCGAUUAUUCUGCUCUAUAAAAUAUGUAUAAAUUUUAAUUUGAUACGAUUGGCAGUGAAAUAUUAUUAUUUAUAUUAGGUAUCCUUAGUUAUAGGCCCUUGAGAAAGGAAAUAGACGUUUCCGAUAGCUAGGCAGACUGAAUACUUACCGAGAUCCUUACUAUCUACAAAUAUUUCAUAUAUUUGCCAGUGAAGAAUGUCAAAAAAAUUUAAGUUGAAAAAACUCAUAUUUUUUAUUGAUCUGUGUCCUUAUUCAAUUAUUUGAGACCUUUCUAUUACGCGGUGAAAAAUUCCCAUCGCUAAUUAUCUGAAAGUGUGUAUUACACUAUCCGAGGGGGCGACCACUUCUCGCAAUACGUGUACAUUUGGCCUGAAAUCACUUGCAAUCAUCUCCGAAAUCAUUCUGAAAUCCCGCAGUCAGUUCGCAAUAUCCGAAAUCCUUCUUGCAGUCCCGAAAUCGUUGUCCGCAAUCGCUGAAAUCCUAUGCAAUCACCUUUGCAAUCUCUGAAAUCGCUCAAAAUCAGCUCUGGUGGGGAUAAAAAAUCAGCUGUUGAUCGGGAUCUUGCCCGUUUUUGAGGUACAUUGAUAAUUGACAUCAGGUUUUUGUUGCUCCGAUUUUUGAAUUCAGCACACAACAGUAUUUUUUUUUUUUUGAAGAAUCAAAUGCUGGAUCUGAUGUGGAACAAGUGGAAAUGUGAUUUCAUUAUCCAAUGAAAAAUAUUAUGCAGCUCUUUAUGACAUCUGGUAUAUUGGACGUAUUUCAGAAUCAUUGGAAAAUGAUACUUGAAUCAAGUUUUUAAAGUGGCAGCUGGACAUGUACAGGGUGUCCGAAUUUGGAUGGUUUUAAUAGGAAACGUCAAUUUCUGAGCGAGAUACAAAAAAAUGAACCCCCCACUCCGAGGCUCAAAUUUCUUGAAAUUUUGAUUGGUGCAAACCGCAUUUUGAUAACUUCAACCGUUUAGCCGCUAGAGGGCGAUUCUCGAUUUUGAGCAAUACUGUGAAAUCUUCAUAACUUUUUUGUUUAUGGAAAUAACUGAUUUCCGUAAAAACUUCCUAGAAGCACUUUUUCAAGCAGAAUUCAGUGACGUUUUCAGUUUUUUUCUAUUCGGCCUCGAUUUCAAGAUAUUGACCAAAAUACGAUUUUUUUCAAUGGGACACCCUAUAUAUUAAUAGUUCAUUAGAAAGCUCUGCUUUUGCUGAUUUCAAUGAUACAAAUUUCGAUAGGUUUAUCUCUAACAGUUUUCGAGAAAAAAAAUAUUUCGGCUUUUGUCAUAAGAAACAAUGAGUUAGAAAGAGACCUUUCUCAGUUUCCUUACAGAUAUAAAGUCCUUUUCUUACACAUUGCUUCUUAUGACAAAAACCGAAAUAAAUUUUUUUCUCGAAAACUAUUAGAGAUAAACCUAUCGAACUUUUAUCAUUGAAAUCAGAAAAAGCCGAGCUUUCUAAUGAGCUAUGAAUAUAUAGAGUGUCCUAUUGAAAAAAACCAGACUUUGGUCAAUAUCUUGGAGUUGGGACCAACUAGAAUAAAACUGUGAACGUCACUGAAUUCUGCUUUAAAAAGUGCUUCUAGAAAGUUUUUACGGAAAUCAAUUAUUUUCAUAAACAAAAAAGUUAUGAUGGUUUCACAUUAUUGCUCAAAAUCGAGAAUCGCCCUCUAGCGGCUAAACGGUGAUUUUUUUGUAUCUUGCUCAGAAAUUGAUGUUUCCUAUUAAAACCAUCCAAAUUCGGACACCCUGUACAGGGUGGCCCAUUUCCGAUGUUUUAAUGGGCAAUAUCGAAAACCAGCAGAGAUUUUUUUUAGAGAAAAUAACAAUGGAGAAGACGAAUCAAGGCUAAAUUGUUUUUGAAGUAGAAUCUAGUGACAUUACCAGUUUUUUUUUUUCAAGAUGCCACCGACUUUGGAAUAAUAGGUAACCCUGUUGUUAAGUUGUAUUUUUUUGAAUGGACACCCCGUAUAUUAUUUUUUCAUUGCAUAGCUCUUUUCGAGCUGAUUUCAAUGAUAUAAGGUUUUAUAGCAUUAUCUCCGAAAGUUUUCGAGGAAAAAAAAUCCGUUUCUUUGUAAGAAGCAAUGAAUUAGAAAGAGAUAGUUGAAAUAUGAAUCCGCUACAAAUUUCUAUUCUUAGGGCCGGUUUCUCAAUUGCGAGUCACCUCCGGGUUGGUUUGAACUCCAGGGUAAGCGUGGCCAGUUGCAAUGUUUACCCUGGAAUUAUGCUUAACUCGGGGGUGACUCGCUAUUGAGAACCCAGCCCCUUAUUCAACAAUUCAACAAGUUUAGUUUUUUUUUUUCAAUUUGAACUAUGAAUUAUUGGGGGUGAUAAUGAUGAAUAAGCAACACAUAAUUUAUUUCAUGACUUAUCUCUUUCUAGCUCAUUGUUUCUUAUGGAGAAACGGAAUUUAUAGCUAUAAAACCUUAUAUCAUUGAAAUCAGCUCAAAAAAAGCUAUGCAAUGAAAAAAUAAUAUACGGGGUGUCCUAUUUAAAAAACACAACUGGUUAAUAUUCCAAAAUCGGAGGCAUCUGGAAAAAAAAAAAUAGUCAUGCCACUGGAUUCUACUUAUGAACCUGCUUGAAGAAAGUAGGUAUUUUUGGUUUUUGGAUAUCUUGAUUAAUGAAAAAAUUAGAAGCUCUUAAAAUUGGACAAACUUUGAAAAGUGCCCUGAUGUAUUUCGUAAACACAUCAAGUUAGCUGUGAUUUGUCCUCGCCAUUGUUAUUUUCUCAAAAAAGAGAUCUAGAAUGUACUCCCACAUUUUUGAUAUCUCUGCUCUGCUGGUUUUCGAUAUAGCCUAUUAAAACAUGGAAAAUGGGUCACCCUGUAGAUACCUAUCUAUAAACUUAUGAAUGAAAAACUGCAAUUAAAAUAAAAAAAUUCAAAAGAUAGUAAAAAAAUCGAAUGAAUUAUGUUCCGCAAUCAUAUUUAUAAUCCCCAGAAAUCACCUUGCAAUCCCAAAAAUCACCUCGCAAUCUCAAAAAUUAGUUCGCAAUCCCCCCUGCAGUCUCUGCAGUCACUGAAAUCGCCUCGCAAUCCUCCGAAAUCGCAAAUUUUUAGAAAAAUUCUUCGAAAUCUCUGCAAUCAUUUGGAAAUCAUAGGAUUUCCGCAAUACAUGUACAUAUUUUUCGGGAGUGGUCGCCCCCUCAACACUAUCAUUACACAGGCAUAAUGGGCUUAUACUAAACAUGUAUCAAACAUAUACCCAGGGAAAAGCUAGUGAUUUCUACCCCCAGUAGGUUUGAACUAUUUACAAGAAUAUUUUUUUGUAUUUACUAUACAGGGUCCGCCACCGUUAACACCACAGACCUGCAUUUCCUUUAAUAUUUUAGGUACAACCUUAAGUUAAAUGUCAAAAUGUAGGUCUUUUCAACUCGAAUUCAUAUAACGGCUAUCUCAAAAAAUGUUUUGUUGAUAAUUUUAGAAAAACAACAUGUGUAAAUUUCUUUCGAAUAUUAUUUCACCUUACCCCAUACAAUAAAUAUUGGUUUACAGUUCGAUGCAGAUGCAAUGUUUUUAUUCUCUCAUAUUUAUUUCAUUUCGAUUUUCUGUCUAUUUUGAAUAAUUUUCAAGCAAAACAAAAAAAUAUAUAAAAAAUUGACAGUUACGAAAUCUUCGGAUCUCAAUCCAUUGGGUAUUGAAUAUUUAUUGUACAGCGGCAGGUAAAAAAAUAUUCAGUCUAAAGUGUUUAUGGCGGGCCCUGUUUAAAAAAAAUUUAAAGCUAAUUUAACUGCAUUUAUACGAGAAAAGCUAUUUUUUUUUUUAAAUUGUUUUAUUAUAUUAUUUGGCAGGGGUUCAAUGGAAGGUUGUAUUGUGAGUUUGUUGGUAAGACCCUGCUGGUGUUUCAAUGUGACUUACUUCAAUGUUAUUGUUGGCUCACAGGGGCUUCACAGCAUUCUCAUAAUAAUAUGGCUCUUUUUACAAUUUAUAAAAAUUUCCUUUAUUUUAUAUUUUUAUUAUUUUUAUAAAUAAAUAUUGUAUGUACUAACAAUAUUCUUCUGUGUUUUGAUAGUGUAUAUAUUUGGUUUUAUUGGGUACAUGAUGCAUAAUUUUCAAAAAAUUAUAUAUUUUUUUGAAUGUGGAACAUUUCAAGUUCCAUGUAAUAAUUACACAAAGUCUCAGAUCACUUUUUCGUCAUUAAUUAUUAUAAAUUAUUAUUACGAAUAUGAGAAGGUAUCAAAUAAAAACAAGCUUGGCAAAUUUAAAGUAAUUUUAGAGUUGCAAGUCCAUGAGAGAUAAGAGAUAUCACAGCCUUUUUUUUUUAAACAUAAGUUGUCAAUAUCGCAUCAACUGCCAUAAUGCACAAGCUCUCUGUUUAUGAUUUGGAGACUAAUAUAUCCAUUUUUUUGCAAAAAAUUUAAACAAAAAACACCUGAUUGAAAACGCUCAUUGGCUAAAUAGCAGUUUAAAAAUUUGAUUUUCAAAUCGUUUUAUUUCCCAAAAUAAACCUUCUUUUUGGAAAAAAAAUAUACAGAUGUUAUUAGAAUGACUAACACAGGGCUUUCUGUUGGGCGAGAUUGAGUGGUUGUAUUUAAUGCCAAGUAGUUGGUCUCUCAAGGGUUGGCUACUGGUUGACAAAAAAAAAAAUACAGAAAUAUUUCACUAAUAUAUCAAACAAUAAAGUACAUAAUGAAUAAAAUAAGUCAAAAUCUGGGACUUUUUGUUUUUCUGCAUCUGUAUCCGACUGGGGAUAUUUGAAACCAUAUACCUACAUAAUCUACUAAACUACUAAAAAUGCACGAAACUCUAACUUUUAAGUAAUGUAUUUAUUUGUUAUGUUUACUUUUUUUUUUGAGUAUAUUGAUGUCAUAGGCAGUCUUUGUCUAAUGAACUUUGACUUUAGAAAUACAUACAUGUAAAUCAAAUGGGUAAAACUGUCGAUGGUACUUAGACAAAGCAUAGAUGUAAGGGUUUAGUAGAGCUUUUUUGGUACUUUGUUAAAUUAAGAUUUAUUUAUACUUAAUACAGGAUGUUCUAGUGAACAUUGCCUUCUUUAUAUGACGAUUUUGCACGAAAGAUGCUAAAGCAUUGAAACUUUAAAAUGUUUUUUGGAUGUAUGUACAUAUAUAUUGGUAUGGCUUUUGAAGUAAGUUAAACAAAAUAUUACAAGCAAUUUCAUAAUGAUAAGCUUUUACUACAGCCUUUCUAGUACAUGUAUUACAUAUCAAGUUCAGUGAAACCAGUUUUUCCAAUGAAAGAAAUAUAUCGUUUAUUUUGGACACAGGUACUAAAAGCUUUCUCAAUAAGAGUUUGAUACCAUGGGCCCGACUCUCGUCUCAGGGAGUGGGAGCUCCUCGAGGGAACAAAUUUUUCGUCUUUAUCAUUCUCAUUCACUUUUCGAUUAAGUUGACAAGGAUAAAACAUUCGUUCUAUCAGGGAGCUCUCCCUCCCUGAGACGAGAAUCGGCCCCCAGGUGUCAGUUCUUAUGGUAGUGCUACGGUGCUGUGAUUUUAGCUUUAUUAGCUCCAACAAAUUCCACAACCAAUUCUCUGAUCUCAGGAUCAUCGUUUGUUUCCUGCUUAACUGAAUUGAAGUAUGUAGUAUCAACAUAAUCAGAUGAAUUCUAUUAACAUGAUUAUUCAUUGUACUUGCUGGUUUCUGAGUGAUAUUUUGUUUCAUUUGCGAAAAGCCAAUUAUACUCUUUUUAAAAUUUGAAGAUCCUCAAUAUACACAAUAUAAUUAUUAUCUUUUUUAAUAACAUGGUGUUCUAGCUUGCCACAUUUCUAUGCUGAUAAUAUUAAAGCAUAUUUAAUGUCUAAAAAUAUGGCAAAACUAAAUUACCUUAUUUUCUUUGUAGAAAAAUUGUGGUUCCAAUUAAGUGCCCUUAUAUGAGCUUCCACUAUCACUCGCAAAAUCUGGUCCUGCAAACUUCAUUUGGUGGCCAAAUAUUUUUUUUUUUACAUUUGAAGUGCUUUAUUCAACUAGAGCAUCUUGUAUAGACUACAACCUUUAUUAGAAAAUACACAGGCCUCGGUGCCAGUUUCAUUGUAGACCGUUUUGAGGUCAGUAAUAAAAAAAGAAAAACACAUUGCCAAUCAAACCCAGUUGUGAAAUUGACUUGGUACAUACUUUUAUUAUAUAUUUUAGUAUCUUAGGUUUUUUUAUAUUGCAUUUAUUAUGUCUUCCCAAAAUAUGUACCCUUUUUCUAUUUAGGUACAAUAUUUUUUGUGUUGAAAUUUCUUUUUAUUAUUGAUUUAUUAUUUAACUUUUUAUUGUUAUAAACUAUCCAAUAAAUGUGAAUACGUACAUGA